AUGACAGAUUAUAUUGGAUAUAGUUAUGCUUUGACUGUUACUUUAGGUGGAGUCGUUGGUUAUGUAAAAGCAGGUAGCUUACCUUCCUUAAUUGCUGCAAAUCGAGUUAGCACUAAUCCGAAAAAUGUUGGAAUGGCUUUAAUUGUUUCCUGUGUAUUACUCAUCGUGAUGGGUGUUCGUUUCUAUAAUAGUGGUAAAUUCAUGCCUGCUGGACUUGUUAGUAUUCUCAGUUUGCUAUCAGCUGCUCGUUACACUUAUCGAUACAUUUCUUAA